AUGGAAUACAGACCUAUCCCGCCAUAUCAGCCUCAGUUAUUCAAGCGAACCCAAGAAGAUGAGGCAAAACUCAAACAACUCCACGCGCGCCACUCCAGGGACUGGAGUCAGACAGACGCGCAAGCCUUUGAAGAUAUCGUGGACAGAGACAAUGCUAGAAGCGACGCGUCGAAGGAACCGCUGAGGCUCAUCAUAUACAGCUACUUCGAGCAUCUCAACCUUCCUCCCCUACCACCUCCUCUUCCAGGAUGUAGUACAAGUGUACUACUUAACAGGGCUGAAAACCAUAGCAACGAGAGUAUAAGACCUUUUAUGGUGGCUUGCGAUAAGGGCCUGCUUGAUGAGGUCAAGUCUUGGACAGAAGAAGGGGAACGGAUAGAAGAGCUCCAACAAUUAGAUCUGCAAGACGGGUUGGUAUACGCAGCGAGGGCGAAUCAGAUUGACGUAGUGCGAUAUUUGCUCGAUGAAAGAUGGACGCCUCUGAAUGGUGAAGUGGUGAGAGAAGCUUGCGAUAACCUCUCCCUCCCGCUAUUUGAACUGUGCGUUCAGCAUGGGUAUCACCCUAAUCAGCAAAUACCCAGUCGCGACGGGCAUUUCGGAGUUGCCAUAAACCACUGUGUCCAAGACGUGGACAUCACUCGCUUUCUCCUUGAACAUGGCGCAGAUCCUGAUCUGGCCCCAUUCAAGGACGGAAGGCUACAGGACUGGGGAGAGAAAGCCACUCCACCAAUGGACCGUACAUCAGGACUCGCGCUCGACCUCGCAAUUGAGAAGAGCCUAAUGAUCGUGGUGCGGAUGCUUCUCGAGCAUGGCGCUCAUCCACAAUACUCACGUCCACUCCAUGGAACUAUAAAAAGAUUACACUGCCAUUCAAUCCCUGGCGCGCAAGAAGACUGGAGACCUCUGAUGGAAAUGGCCUUGAACUACGGCGCUGAGAUCAACGCAAGGACCUAUUCAAGCGGUACAGCGCUUUCAAGCGCUGCUCGCCAUGAAAACUGGGAAAUUGUCGAGUUUCUAAUUGAGAAGGGCGCGGACCCGUUCGUCAAGACUCCAGCUUCAAAACGUGAUUCGUUCGAUUCAGCGCUGAAGUUUGAGGAUCAGCCUUGGCAGAGGAGUAAGGAGGUGAAGGAAUAUCUGAAGAGUUUGAUGAGUGGAUCAAAAAUGGAGAUUGGAGGAGAAGCCCUAGAAGAGGCGAGGAAGAAUCCACUGGUGCGGAUCAUUGAGAAAGUGAAGAGUAGAGAUGCGGCCAGGCUAGAGAGUGCUUAA